ACGCGCAGACGCACGCCAGGAGUGGAAGCCCCCGCACAGGGAAGCUUCCGCCCGGCUGCGGAGGCCCGGGGUUGGUGAAGCGUGGAGGCGGGCGCGACUGAUGAUUCGCGUGUCCCUCCGCUGCGUGGGCCGGCGCCUUAACUCCCUGUCACCUGGGCCCCUAGUCCGGGUGUCCUGGAGCGCUAGCCCGCCGCCGUGCCCAGGUUGGGCAACUGAACAGAAACUGCAAUUUUAGGAUGAAGAAGGGUGGAGGAAGAACGAGCCGGAUCAGAAGACGGAAACUCUUCAGAUGUUCUGUAUCAAGAGGAGUGAAUGAGAGUUACAAGCCUGAAUUUAUAGAGCUUAAGAAGUGGCUGAAAGAUAGGAAGUUUGAAGAUACAAACUUAAUACCUGCUUGUUUUCCAGGUACAGGAAGAGGGCUGAUGAGCAAAACAUCCCUGCGGGAGGGGCAGAUGAUUAUUUCGUUGCCUGAGAGUUGCCUGAUCACCACGGACACAGUGAUUAGAAGCUACUUAGGGACAUACAUUGCUAAGUGGCAGCCUCCCCCAUCUCCUCUGCUGGCUCUGUGCACCUUUUUAGUUUCAGAAAAGCAUGCUGGGGACCAGUCUCUCUGGAAGCCUUACCUGGAGAUUUUGCCGCAGGCCUACACCUGCCCUGUGUGUUUGGAGCCAGAAGUGGUGAAUCUUUUCCCCAAACCUUUGAAAGCAAAGGCCGAAGAGCAAAGAGCCCGUGUGCAGGAGUUCUUUUCUUCCUCCAGAGACUUUUUCUCUUCCCUGCAGCCCCUGUUUUCUGAGGCUGUUGAGAGCAUCUUUAGCUACAGGGCCCUCCUGUGGGCUUGGUGCACGGUCAACACCAGAGCUGUGUACGUGAAGCACAGGCAGAGGCAAUGCUUCUCCACAGAGCCAAACACCUACGCUCUUGCCCCAUACUUGGAUCUGCUGAAUCAUAGCCCCGAAGUCCAGGUAAAAGGAGCAUUUAAUGAGGAAACUCGCUGUUACGAAAUUAGAACGGCUUCAAAUUGUAGGAAACACGAAGAGGUGUUCAUCUGCUAUGGCCCUCAUGAUAACCAACGGCUGCUCCUGGAGUAUGGAUUUGUUUCCAUCCAUAAUCCUCAUGCUUGUGUUUAUGUCUCAGAAGAUAUACUUGUUAAAUACCUUCCAACAACAGACAAACAGAUGAACAAGAAGAUUUCCAUUUUGAAGGAUCAUGACUUUAUAGAAAAUUUGACAUUUGGAUGGGAUGGACCAUCUUGGAGGUUGCUCACAGCUCUUAAGUUGUUAUGUCUGGAAGCCGAAGAAUUUACGUGCUGGAAAAAAGUACUUCUUGGGGAAGUCAUUUCAGAUACAAAUGAGAAGACAAGUUUGGUCAUAGCUCAGAAAAUAUGCCAGUAUUUCAUAGAAGAGACCAAUGCUAUGCUUCGAAAGAUUUCUCAUAUGAAAGAUGAAGAAGUGACUUUGCUAAACCAACUAACUUUAGUAGAAACAUUGUGGACAGAAGAGCUAAAGAUUCUGCAGGCCUCUGCUGAGAUUCUAAACAGCUUGCAAACACCUUUUAGGUAACUUCACCUAAUGCAUUUGAUCACCUCCUAUGGUGGGUGUGACUUCUUAAACAGGUUUAAACAAAGAUUUAUUUUGUAUAGAAGCAUUUACAGUCAAUGAAUGGUUUCUAUUAAACAGUUGUAUACCAAAUCCUA